UCCGCCGAGGCUGCCACCUCACGGUGCGACGUGCAGUUCCGGCGGCUCACCGCCCGCCGCAUGCCCGCCGCCAGACCGCCACCUCGCCUUCCACAGGAGUCGAGCACCAGCACCCGGGACUCCGAUUCUCCGGAGCACGCCGCCUACGAAGUGUAUAUUAGGCCACGGCACCCACCGCUGGAUCAAGCUCAGCACACGAACGCACAGUAGUCGCAUCCCAUCCGAUCCGCUGUCCAAGCACGAGCGCAGGCUAGCUAGGAGAGAAGGGUGACCGGCAACUCGGGCAGGAUGCAGACAGGGAAGGUGAAGCUGAAGGACAUGGCGAGCGAGGCGAAGGAGAAGGUGAAGGAAGCGUCGGCCAAGAUGCAGGGCAAGGCGGGAGAGGCGACGGCGACCACGCACGGCGAGAAGGAGAUGGCCAAGGAGGAGGCCCGCGCCAAGAAGGACCAGGCCGGCGCCGACAAGCCCCAGGAGAAGGCCGAGCACCGCGCCGACGCCGCCGCCGGACGCCACGGCACGGGCGUGCCCCUCACCGGGACGCACGGCGCGGCCGUCGACCCCGCCUACCCGUCUGCCGGCACCACGUACCCGGCGUCGGGCAAGUACAUCUAAGCUAGGGGAUCGGUAGGGAUCGCUUGGUCGUCCUACGUUUUUGUGUAGCGACUGGCAACCGAGCUGAGUGGGGAUCGAUCAGUCCUUGAAUAAUGGAAGUGUAUCAGAGGUAGAAGUGAAGCUUCGUUUCAGUUGUACUCCAAUCAUGUACUGUGUGGUACUGUUUUUUAUGUAGUGCUACUUGUAAGUUUCAAGUUCUUAGAUAUUUUCUUUCUUCCGUUUGUGCGA